UCCAAGCUCGUUGGUGUGUUGAGUAGAACCAGAGGGCUUCCUUUUAACAGGGUCCACUCUCUUCAGAGUCAGUGGAGAAUGAGCUGAUGAAAGACUUCUUAGACAAAAGGGAGAAGGGGACGCUUCUCAUACAGAGAAACAGAAGACUAAAAAAAAAUCUCCUGAGACCGAUGCAGCUUUCCAUAUCUGAAGAUGGAUAUAUCCAUUAUGGUGACAAAGUGCUGCUUGUGAAUCCCCACCAUCCUGAGACAGAAGCUGGUCGGUUUCUGGAUGGGAACCUGAGCCUGUGUCUGACUCCAGAUGAAAUUAAAGCCCAUUCGAGUGAUGAAUUAGCGGUGCCCUGUGGCUUGAGCGCGACUCAAACCACGAUUCCCGUUGGCAGAAAUACUUUCAUGAUUUUGAGUGCAGACAGAGAUACCACUGGUCAAGUCCUUAGAUACGGGCAGAACUUUCGCCUUGGGAUAACAGGAGGAGUUGAAAACAAAAUGUUGUAUUUGUCAAGUGACCACAGGAGCUUUCUGAAGUCAUCUAAGAGGUCUUGGCUCCAGGAGGUGUACCUGACCGACGAGAUCUCCUACAUGAACUGCUGGCAGGCCACCUUCCUCGACCCCCAGCUACGCCUGGAAUAUGAAGGCUUCCCUGUCCGGGCAAAUUCCAAAAUUCUCAUUAAUCACUGCUACACGAAUCGGGGACUGGCAACUCACCGGCAUCUUUUCUUAAG